AUGAUAACGGAUGCAGUUUCUAAGAUGCGUUCAGACACUCUGCUGCAUCGAUCUGCUGGACUUAUGUCCGAGGAUGGCUCUGCACCUUCCGUCUCGUAUGCUGCUGCUGUGAAAUCUGCGAGUUCUAUUCNUGUUGCUCGUGGUCCUACUGUCGCCGUUAAGAAGUCCACGGAUAUUCUCAUCGUACCUAAUAAAGAUCAUGGAUGCAAAUACUCAUCGUCUAGUGAGACUAAGGAGGCUUUAAAGAGGAUUAUCAAGCCGGCGAAUUUUAACUUGAAAGUGAACAAAAUAACUUCGACGCGUAACAACGGUGUUCGUAUUGAGGCUGCGACGGUUGAUCUGCCAAAAAUUAAAGAUUCGUCUGAGCUUGCGAAAGCAGGACUUAAGGUGAAACAGAUUGCUAAAUCAAAUCCUAGAUUGAUUGUUCACGGGGUACCUAUUGGACUUAACAAAGAAAUUAUUAGAUCAGAGCUUAUUGAUCUGAAUCUGAAUUNGCAUGACUCGCCUGAAGUCAAGGUCAUAUAUAUAUUUCCACCCAAGACGGAUCGUACUACUACCAGUUGUAUAAUUGAGGUACCGCCUGAUGUACGAACCAUGUUGCGUCGCGAGCAACAUAUCUAUAUUAAUUUUUCAUCGUGUGUCUUCGAGGAUUACGUGCGAGUGCUUCAAUGUUAUAAAUGUUUGGCAUUUGGUCAUCUGGCUAAGAAUUGUAAGAGUGCAGCACUAUGUGGUCAUUGCGCGGGCGAUCACGAAAUGAGAAAUUGUCAUGCGAGGAGUGAAGCUACCACUUGCGGGAACUGCAGAAGAUGGUUGCAUAGUGAAUCAACACACUCUGCACUUGACGGGAAGAAUUGUCCGAUAUUAAGAAAAAUCCGAUAA